GAAAAAAAAAUCAGAAUAACAAUAAUGCCAGCGAACCAAACACAUCGAGAACAACCAGAAAUUGCUUUUCUUCAACCCGUCUCCCUUUUUCUUUCGUCUUGGGCUGUUUUUUCAGAUUGCGAUUACUGACCCAACCCAGAAAGAUUCAAUCUUUUUCAGUCUGCCUUUUUCUUUAUCACCAAUAACUUGUGCUAUCUUCUUCUUCUUCUUGUAAGCAUCAAAUAUCCUUCUGGUGAAUGGUGCUGCUCCUGUUGUUUAUUGACUAUUGAGUGUCUUAUGCUUGUAUUUCUUGGGCGCUUUUUGCAGGCUGUGAAUCUCUCUAAGUUUUGACAGAAGGAAGAGCUGCGGUUAGUUUACAUCUUUUCUUCUCAGGAGUUCUCACCUUCUUUUAAUGCCCAGAUGAGUGGGGAAGUUAGUUACUUAGACUGGAAGAACUUGAAACCAUAUGAAGGAUGGAUUGGUUUAUGGUGGUGGAGAACAGUGGAGGUUUAUGAUCUGAUGAGAUCUCGCUGAGUUGCUGUUAGGCUUUCGGGUUUGGUGGUUAUAUGCUUGCGGUUUCUAGUGUCGUUAUCUUUGGGGAUGUGUCUGUUUUGAAACACUGUUUGAUCUACCUAGCUUGUUGGGUUCAUACCAAAGAAUCUCGAGUGUGUAGUUCCCAGUGAUGAUCAAACAGAUAUUCAAUAAGCUCCCUCGGAAGCCGUCUAGGUCUGUGGAAAAUCGUGAUGGUGGAGGCUCUACUUUCUCACCUAGUCCAAGAAGCAGUGACUUGCCAAGUCCUCGGUCAGGGAAUUCGAAUGCUGCAUCUUCAAUAGGAGUCAAUUCCAACUCUUCUCCGGGGCUCAAUCAUGGAAGUAGACUUCCCCAGGCUGUAAAUGCAAAGGAGAAUGGGAGUUCGGGAGUUUCUCCCUAUGAAGCGUUGCCGAGCUUUAGAGAUGUUCCCAAUUCUGAGAAGCAAAGUUUAUUCAUAAAGAAACUGAACUUGUGUUCUGUGCCGUUUGAUUUUACUGAUCCAACAAAAAACUUGAAAGAGAAAGACAUCAAACGACAGACCCUGGUAGAGCUUGUUGAUUAUGUUUCCUCUGCAAAUGAGAAAUUCACAGAAAAUGCCAUGCAAGAAAUUAUUAAAAUGGUAUCCAUUAAUUUAUUCAGGGUGCUUACUCCUCAGCCUCGUGAGAACAAAAUAUUGGAAGCUUUUGACCUGGAAGAUGAUGAACCCUUGAUGGACCCUGCAUGGUCCCAUCUGCAAAUUGUGUAUGAAUUCCUUCUCAGGUUUGUGGCAUCACCUGAAACAGAUGCAAAGUUGGCAAAACGAUACAUUGAUCAUUCUUUUGUCGUAAAGCUAUUAGAUCUGUUUGACUCUGAAGAUCCAAGAGAAAGGGAAUACCUGAAAACAGUUCUGCACCGGAUAUAUGGAAAGUUCAUGGUGCACCGCCCAUUCAUUAGGAAAGCAAUCAAUAAUAUAUUCUAUAGGUUCGUCUUUGAAACUGAGAAGCAUAAUGGAAUUGCAGAGCUGCUGGAAAUCUUGGGCAGCAUAAUUAAUGGGUUUGCAUUACCACUGAAGGAAGAGCACAAACUGUUCCUUGUUCGAGCUCUUAUUCCACUUCACAAGCCGAAGUGCAUACAAAUGUACCAUCAGCAGUUAUCUUACUGCAUUACACAAUUUGUGGAGAAGGACUGCAAGCUUGCCGAUACUGUUAUCAGGGGUUUACUGAAAUAUUGGCCAAUCACAAACAGUUCGAAGGAAGUUAUGUUCUUAGGUGAGCUGGAGGAGGUCUUGGAGGCUACACAGCCUCCAGAAUUCCAGCGCUGUAUGGUUCCCUUGUUUCAGCAAAUUGGUCGUUGCUUGAGCAGCUCGCAUUUUCAGGUGGCUGAGAGGGCCUUGUUUUUAUGGAAUAAUGAUCACAUCGAGAACCUAAUCAAACAAAAUCGCAAAGUUAUACUGCCAGUCAUCUACCCUGCCUUGGAGAAAAAUUCAAGAACCCAUUGGAAUCCGGCAGUGCAAAGCUUGACUUUGAAUGUAUGCAAACUUUUCUCUGAUAUUGAUCCCGAAUUUUUUGAAGAGUGCAUGACCAAAUUUCAGGAAGGUGAAGCCCAAGAACAACAGAAAAAAUUGCAACGUGAAGCGACUUGGAAGCGUCUUGAAGAGAUUGCUGCAAUGAAAGCUGCAAGUAACGAACCAGUGCUCGUCUCUCGAAAGCUGACCCCUCGUGCAUCAUCUGGCUAGGUGGUACCCGAUACACUAUUUAUGCAGAAAUUGCCUCAUUGUGCUCGGUGGUAUGUAUGGCAACCAAGGAUAGGAAUCAUAAGCAAGGAGCGGGAUUUAUUGUAAUGGGAAAUCACAGUCUUUCUUUCUUGGCGUUUUCAUUAUUCCUGAAAUUUUUUGGUUUCACAGGUCACAUGGGGUAAAUGGGACACUAUGUUGGAUACCGGGUUACCUCUAUUCAAUUUAGACACGAGGUGUGUACAUAUGGAAUUGGGUGAAAGUGCCUGAAGCUUUUAGUCUGCACUGCACGGCACACUUAGCUUGAGUGAAUUUGGUUAGUAAACUCGGUCUUCAUUGCUCUAGAAAUUAUGAGACUGAAAGGGCUUCAUUUUGCUGGUAGUCUGUUUAGGUAAUUUUUGUAGUUUGAUUUAUGUACACUGUUCCGCAGUUAUAUCGUACUAUCAUAUAAUAUGCUUGACAAAAUGCUGCCUGCCUUGAAAUGCAACUAACUCAACUAUGUUAGCCAAUUUAGUUCUGUUGAAGCCAGGUAUAUGGAUUUUCUUUCUUCA